UUCAUCCACUGGCUGGAUCUGUAUCGUGUGAUCACUGCGGGGGAGCCUUUUGGAACGCUGUCCUGCGCGUCUGGUUUUCUAAAUAGAUCCGGAGGUCUCGCUAAGACUCUCCCUUCUUCGCCCACAUUUCUGACUAACACCGCUGUGGGGAUUAUUAUUACAUAACCAGCAGCCACAUCGUUCAUCGUUCGGAGGAUUCGGCAGCACCACACGUCUCCUGAUGCGGCGGCUGGAUCCAGUGGAAGCGGCGGUCCUGGUGUCGGCGCUGGCCGCGGCUCUUUGUCCGAGUCUGUGCUCGUCACCAAUCAACUACCGACCCAUCAUCGGUGUGCUGGCUCAGGAGAUCUUCCCCAAUGACCAGUUUGCCCUGGGCUCAACCUACAUCGCUGCCUCUUAUGUGAAGUACCUAGAGGCUGCUGGGGCCAGGGUGGUUCCUGUCAGAAUCAACCAAACACAUGAGGAAUAUGUCAAGCUCUUUAACUCAAUCAAUGGGGUAUUGCUGCCAGGAGGAGACGUGGAUCUCCAGACAUCACAGUUCAGCCGAACCGCCAAGAUCUUCUAUGACCUGGCUCUGCAGGCCAAUGAUGCUGGCGACUACUUUCCUCUGUGGGGAACUUGUCAGGGCUUUCAGCAGCUCUCUGUUCUUACAGCCAAUAAGAACCUGCUUACACUCACCGACACCAAAGCUGUGGCUCUUCCCCUCAAGUUUACACCAGCUUUGCAGGCCAGCCGUCUGUUCAGAUCUUUCCCCAAAGAUCUCCUCCAGGCUCUGGCAGAGGACAACAUCACUUCUAAUUUUCACAGUUGGAGUUUGACAAUGCAGAACUUCAGCAGGAAUGCAAAGCUGAAGCGAUUUUACAGGAUUCUCACGGUCAACACGGAUGGGAAGAAGGACUUCAUCUCCACCAUGGAAGCCUACCGUUACCCGUUCUACGCUGUGCAGUGGCAUCCAGAGAAAAGUCAGUUUGAGUGGAUCGACAAGCCUGGGAUGAUUCACUCGAGCGCUGCGGUGACGGCCAGCUUCUACACAGCCAGAUUCUUCGUCUCUGAAGCCAUGAGGAGCAACCACAGUUUCUCAAGCCAUGAGGAGGAAGGGAGAGCGCUCAUCUACAACUACCCGCCUGUCUACAGAGGCCGCAAUGCCAUCUUUGUGCAGAAUUACUAUUUUGAUUGAUGACAACCGACGACAUGAACAGACUGAUACAGCUUAGACAUCCAUCCUGGAAUGAUGUGUAUCUGCUUGUGAACUAUUGCAAUUUGUAGAAACUCCCGGUUAAUGGUGAUAUUCCUGUUCACAAUUUGAAUCAAUGUUAUAUGUCACUUCACUGGAAUGAUCCUGGAAUGUUCUGCCACUCUCACGUUAGUCCACCUGCUCCUGCGCAAUGAUUGUAUGACAUCUAUUUAUUCUGCAACAAGUCAAUAAACUCCGUCACGUGCUUUCAUUUUUAAGUGCUGUUUGACAAGCUAAAUAAAUCCUGACAGCAGAUUAGGAAUGAUUUCACUGAAGAGUAAAUGUUUAAUGAGGAAAGUGCAGGAAAAAUCCAUUUUGAAUCACCUGAAGCUACAUGAAAGCGGUUUGCAGGAGCCUCGCAGGUUUCCAACUGUCCACUUGAUGGCAGCAUAACAACGCGUUUUGAGCACGAAAGCGAGCCUUAUGAAUAAGGUUGUAAUAGAAAAACAAACAAAAGCGAAACAAAACAAUAGAACUUUUGAAACGUUUUAGCUGUGAGGAAUACCAGGAAUCAGAAAGCUAGAAAGUUUUCCCUUCAUCCACUUCUUACAGCAACUUUUGUUUUUCGAUUCAGUUCAACUGCACUGCACUUUUCAAGCUCGGAAAACAACUGGGUAAUGUGUUGCAAUGGUGCACACAUACUGAUAUCUUUGCCUUUGAGAGCAUCACAUGUGACCAAACUGUUCUGUUCAGUUUUUGCCAUUUCAGUUCACCAUUUAUUUCACUCUCUGCUGACAUUGUGUGAUAGCUGAUUUAACAAAGGUUGAAGGAGAGAUUUCAACUCGCCCUAAGAAGUAGACUGUGUAGCAACUCAGUUCCGUCUUUUGCGCACGCUUUUACCAGCCUGACUUCCAACCAGUGCUCACCUGAUACUAGUAGGCACUUAAAUUCAAGACUCCUUAAUGUCCACAGAUGUCCUUCAGCUUCUGUGUGAUUCCACCCUAAUCUCUGCUUCAUCAUGACAUGUGGUCUUCAUUCCGUCCACUAGCCUUCAAACAAGCUCACAUGAAUAACAUAAAACUCAAUGAUGAGACCCCUCUUCCUGCUUCAUCCUGCUCCCUCCG